CAGGUUCGGGAGAUUAGAGACACUUUUCAUCUGAUGUGGAUAAACUGAACCUCGAUGUCUGACAAGAAAAUCUAACAGAGUCAGGCUGAAAAACAAAAACCAGAAGAAGAGCCUGCUGCGCUGGAUCACCUGCAAAACAAAUCAGAUUGAACUAAAAUGCUGAAAACGUUUUUUAACCUGUUGGUGUGUCUCUGCGCUUUCAGCCUAGGAUGGUUUGGAGCGUUUCUGUUUUUCACUGAGGACAGAAAAUUAUCUUUCAUCUCAGCAUUAAAGAGAGAAACUAAACCAGAGGAAUGUGCAGAACCGACAGUCCGACCAAACCUGACAGGAACUUCAGGAAUAUCUCUGGUUUCGUGUCCCGACGUCCCUCCGAACCUCCGGGGAGUUCUGCAUGUGGAGUUCAGAACCAACCGGACCCUGCAGGACGUCCGGAACCACGUCGGCCCACUCCUUCAGCAGGGAGGCCGGUACCGACCAACCAGCUGCAGGGCGAAGCAAAAGGUGGCUGUCAUCGUCCCGUUCAGAAACCGGUUUGAACACCUGAACCACUGGCUCUACUACCUCCAUCCGGUCCUGAUGCGUCAGCAGCUGGACUACAGUGUGUACGUCAUCAACCAGGACGGAGACGGAGUCUUCAACAAGGCCAAGCUGAUGAACAUCGGAUUCAAGGAAGCGCUGAAGGAAUACGAUUACGACUGUUUUGUCUUUUCGGAUGUAGACCUGGUGCCUCUCGAUGAUAGGAACCUCUACAGAUGUUCUGACCAUCCCAGACAUUUGUCCAUUGCUGUGGACAAGUUUGACUUCAUCCUGCCCUACGCCACCCUCUUCGGCGGAGUCUCAGCGUUGUCCAAACAGCAGUUCCUUAAAGUCAACGGCUUUUCAAACGCGUUCUGGGGCUGGGGGGGUGAAGACGACGACAUGUCGCAGCGGCUCUCUUACAGAGGGAUGGUCAUCUCCAGACCAGACUCUGUCACUGGAAGGUACAAGAUGAUCAAACAUAGGAGAGAUUCUCACAACGAUCCAAACCCAAAAAAUGUUCAGAAACUGACAGAAACGCACCUUAAUAUGGACACAGAUGGGAUUAAUUCUCUGAAUUAUUCCGUCAGGGAGAUUAGGAAGGAUUUAUUGUACACUUUUGUUACAGUGGAUGUUGAGGCUCCAGCAGGCUGAUGUGGAUCCAGAUGUUUCUGUCUCAGGAAUCCAUCAAAGCAAAAGUCAACUUAAAACCAGGAGAACAAAUAACUUAGUCCAACUGGUCAGUCCUGCAGUACAAACAUUUUAUAACGCUCAACUCAGUCCAAACUGAAAACGAUGCAGCAAGCAUGUGGCGACAGUGGACAGAACAACCUGCAUUAAACGGGUUGAAGCCUCCAGCAGAACCGGCAGGUGGAUCAGAAAGACGGAUCCACUUUAUGAGCCGACAGAACUGGAUCUACAACCAAACAUUCUUCAUGUUCAGACCAAAGUAAAACUGUUUUUAUUUGAUUCUCCUAAAUUCAGCCACGUUGUUUGAUUUAUGUCUGAUUGAGACUUUGAUCAUUAAAACCUGGUUUUUAAUCUAAAUCAUUCAGAUUUUUAUAUCCUGUAAACAGGGGAAUAACUUUACUAAAUAAACAAUGA